AUGGUACAAGGGCGAGUGCUUGUCAUCGCGGGGUCAGACAGUUCGGGCGGAGCUGGACUUGAAGCGGAUCAGAAGGUCAUUGCUGCUCAUGGCUGCUACGCUAUGACAGCCACUACGGCUCUUACUGCGCAAAACACUCAAGGCGUCAAGGGCAUUCAUGUCAUUCCCACCGAUUUUGUGUCUCAGCAGAUCGAUGCCUGUGUUGAAGAUGUCGGUGUCGAUGUUGUCAAGACCGGCAUGCUUGCUUCUACAGAGACAAUAGAGAUGGUUGCAAAGAGCAUGGUUAAGCAUAGCAUCCUGUCACUUGUCGUAGAUCCAGUCAUGGUUUCGACUUCUGGUGCAACACUUCUCCCCAAUGAAGCCAUCCAACAUCUCUGCAAGCACCUUCUACCGCACACUAGCGUCCUUACGCCAAAUAUUCCUGAAGCCAUUCUUAUUCUUUCUCAAAAUGGCCAAGAAGCCCCCGAGGUUCGCAGUGUGCAAGACCUUGAGACUGUAGCCCAGCGAAUCCAAGUCCUGGGGCCUACGUGGGUGCUCGUCAAGGGCGGACACCGACCGAUGAAGGAGGACUUGACUGUGGCUGAUACAGAAGAAGAGAGAAAAAUUGUUGUGGACGUUCUUGUUGGUGGUGAUGGUGAGGUUGUCAGAGUCAAGAGCCCAUAUCAGGCGAGCUCGAGUACUCAUGGCACGGGAUGCUCUUUGGCGUCGGCCAUCGCAUCAAACUUGGCCAAGGGACUUAAUACACCUACGGCUGUCCGGUCAGCGUGCCGAUACAUUGAAGCUGCCAUUAGAACAGCCCCUGGUCUUGGUAAGGGGCAUGGUCCCCUAAACCACUUCCACUCGACCUACACUCUUCCAUUUGCUCCCGGCUACUUCAUCGAGUGGCUUCUCGAGCGCCCUGAUGUCCGCGACGUCUGGAAGGAGUUUGUUUACCAUCCCUUCGUCAUGGCUAUGGGUGACGGAACUCUACCUCUCGAAUCUUUCAAGGGCUACAUCAUUCAGGACUACCUAUACUUGAUUCACUUUUCCCGUGCCAACGCCCUGGCUGCCUACAAGGCGCAAAACAUUGAGGAUAUUUCUCGAGCAACCGAAAUUGUUCAGCAUAUCAUGCAUGAACUGAAGCUCCAUACCUCAUACUGCGAGAGCUUCGGCGUUUCCAUCGAGCAGAUUCGUGCCACGCCAGAGAAACAGGGCAAGUUCAAGCAGAAUGGCGAUUGGCUUGGUCUUCAAAUGGCUCUUGCUCCGUGCCUUCUUGGUUAUGGUGCCGCAGCUAAGAUGCUACUUGGCCAUGAGAAGACUGUCCGCGAGGGAAACACAUACUGGGCGUGGAUCAAGAACUACAACGAAGAGGACUACACCGAUGCUGUCAAGUUGGGCUCAGCCUUGCUCGAAAAGCAUAUUCAACUGCAGUCACCUUCGCGAAUUGAGGAGCUUGUUCAGAUCUUCAUCCACGCUCUUAAGAUGGAAAUUGGCUUUUGGGAGAUGUUCCCUGCCCAGCGGACCUAA